UUCGAGUGCCCAGGAAGCUGCCCGGGGACUGGCAGGACGCACCCCGGGGAUGGCCUGUGCCCGGGGCGCACGAUCGCUGUGCUGCCGUGGCGUGGAGCUGCCCUCUGCCGAAAGGGCAAUGCAGAGAGCGGACAGCCGUGCCCGGCCGUGAGCGCCGCGUUCUGCAGCCGAGCCCCUCUGACUUCCCCGCUACCAGCUUGGAAAGAUGUUGCAAGAGCAAUUGAAUUACUGGAAAAAUUACAGGAGUCUGGAGAAGUACCAGUGCACAAGCUACAAUCCCUCAAAAAAGUGCUGCAGAGUGAGUUUUGUACUGCUAUUCGAGAGGUGUAUCAAUAUAUGCAUGAAACGAUAACUGUUAAUGGCUGUCCUGAAUUCCGUGCCAGGGCCACAGCCAAGGCAACAGUUGCAGCUUUUGCAGCUAGUGAAGGCCACUCCCACCCUCGGGUAGUUGAGCUGCCAAAGACUGACGAAGGCCUUGGUUUUAAUGUGAUGGGAGGAAAGGAGCAAAAUUCCCCCAUUUAUAUCUCUCGCAUCAUUCCUGGAGGGGUAGCCGAAAGACACGGAGGCCUCAAAAGAGGAGACCAGCUGCUGUCAGUGAACGGAGUGAGUGUGGAAGGAGAACACCAUGAGAAGGCUGUGGAGCUACUCAAGGCUGCAAAAGACAGCGUCAAGCUGGUGGUCCGAUAUACCCCAAAAGUCUUGGAAGAAAUGGAGGCUCGCUUUGAAAAGCUACGGACAGCCAGGCGUAGGCAGCAGCAGCAAUUGCUGAUUCAGCAGCAACAACAGCAGCAGCAACAAACACAGCAAAAUCAUAUGUCAUAGGCCCUUGAGGAAAAGCUACUUGAUCAAACACCUAAUAGUCACAAAUUUGAAUCUGUGCUUCAGAAUCCCAGCACAUAGUAAAUGGAAAAGACAACACCGAUAAUUAUACCUGUCAAGAAGCUGUGAACACGUGGUGUAUGAAUUCUUUAUCAACGCAAAUCCGACACCUUCUCUCUUUACACACACAAACCUUCCAUUCACUGCAGUGGGAGAGGUUUACCAGUCUGCAGACUGAAACAGUAUAUGAAGAAUAAAGUCCAUGACUUUUGAAUGAAUCAUCAGGGCCAGAAUUAAGUAUAUCUUUGGCCUAUAGCUUUUCCAGAGAUUAACAAACCCCUUAUUAGGCUAUAGUUCAAACUGCAUCAGUUCAAGGUUGUUGCCACUUAAAAGAAACUUACACAUUGACCCUUAAUCUGACCUUUUCCACAUUCAUAUUGCUGAGUUGUCUGAAUUGGAAUUCCAGUUAAUUUCAAAUUCAACAUUACUCCCCUCUUGAAAAUGGCCAGUUAUCAUACUAUAUUUAUACUAGAUUCAGCUUCUAGAAGCAAUUGGCUUUUUAUUUUGGUGUUUCCAUGCAUUUUAUUAUGCACUUAUAGACUGGGGCAAUUUUAGCUCAACUUUUAGUUUGUUAGAAGCAAGGGUAGAGAACUCCAGAGCUGUAUUUUUUUAAUUUAAAUAUUGCUUCUAUCUAUUAUUAAUUCUAACAGAAUAUAAUGUAUAUUUAUUCCACAAAAUAUAUAUUAUCAGAGUGUAUUUGUUACAAACUUAGGUUCUUCUCUUACCAUGUGUUAUGCAUCUGGUAAGACAGUACUAUACUAGCAAAGAAUCUAGCUUCAUUGAACUGAUCUUCAUAUAAUAUGUAUAUAACCCUGAUUGUGGUAUUUUUUGUUGAGUUUUAUAUGUUUUGACUGAUAAACUGGAGAACUCUAAAUUCUAGCUACACUGAUGUGCUGUCAUAGAAGUCUAUUUGACAUUUUAAAUUUAGUACUUAAAAAACCAAGUCAUAAUACAUGUGCCUAUAUAUAAAAAUAUAUCAUACAAAGUAUAGAUCAGUUUCCCCAGACAUAAAUUGGGUAUUGUUGGCACUCUAAGAUCAAAAGUAUUAUUUCUCAUAAAAUUUGGCAAAAGGAAACCAGUGAUACCAGUAUUGUAAACAAGCAGAUGCUUCCUCUAGCAGAAGAAGAUGCCAAGUCAUUGCAUAUAUCCAUGUAGAUAAACAGAUGAUAGGAUAUCUUUUGGAAAGUAUCAUUCACCAGAAAAUCUAUUUAAAGUCACCUUAUACAGAAACCAAUUUUUGGCUUAUGGUUAAUCUAGAAACACAGUCUGAUUUUACUUUACAGAAUGAAUAGGAAGCAGCAAUUAUUUGGACACUAAAAACCUUAUGCACAAAAAUUUACAUGACAAAAGAAUAAAUGCCCAGUUGAAACUUUCUAGACAGAUUAUUAAAGCGGAGGCAAAUAUUUGAAUAUUCCUUUUCUCAAAUACAGAAAUUGAUUUCCGAGGAUAAAUAAAUUUGCCAUUUCAGACAUUCCUCCAAUUUAGAAACUUAUGAAGCUCAGUUUAGAAACUGUCUUCUUGAAAAUAAAGCAAAUUGGAACUAUCCAGCUUCUUUUAUUUUGCCCUGUUGGAUAAUGUUAUUGCCAAUAAUAAUAUUAUUACUAUUGCCUGCUUUCUAAUAGUGCAUCACUCAACCAAAAGACAAACUGCAAGGAAACAAAGAAGUACACAAAUUUUGACAGUUGUUCUUCUAUGGUAACAGAUUUUCAUCCUUCAAAACGUAUCAUUUUUUACUAGAGAACUGGAGGGUGAGCACUCUGAAUGUUAUGUUAAAUAGGUUUACAAGAGACACAUAUGUUAAAAGGGACUGAAUGGAAGCUACAUGAGUAUUAUUGAGUUUGAAAGUGGUCAUUCUCAUUUUUAUAAGAAUAAUUAGUAAAUAUAUAUAUUUAAUUAUCAUUUAACAUAGAAAUAUUAUAGCUCUUCAGGCAACGCCACAAGAUUCUCAUAAAGGGACAUCAUUGUACCCUUGUAAUGAGAAAAUGGUCAUUUCAAUACCCUUCAGUAUAUUGUAUAAAUUUGGAGCUUAAGGUAUGUUUUUAUUUAGCCAUAAGGGCUUGGUCAUUAUUACAGUUAUAUGUAUUCACAUCGAUGCAAAGAUUGUUAUAGUAUUACAGAAGCAAAGGAGCAAAUACAUUCUAGAAGUCUUUGGUUUUGUGCUUCAAUGCCUAAUGUGAAGUGCUGAGGAGUAUAUGCCAAGUUUUUCACCUAAGUGAAGAGACAUCCACCACACCAAUGAAAUCUAAGGACAGAUUACAUGUCACAGUAAUGCUACAUAAAAAUGACCAACAAAAUGGCCCGUUUUCAUCAGAACAAUUUUUCAUUUAUUGAUAUUUAAGCCUUACCUAAAAUUUUAAUCAAAGGUAACUAUCCACAUGACCUAGAGAGGCCCCUUUUGGUUUUCUAAGCUUCAGAGGAGCAGAGAAUAAGAAAAAAAAAAAAAAUCAUCACAACUUGUUCUAGUGCUCUUUAUUAUUAAAAAUCACAUUAGACUGAAACAUCCAAGAUCAUAUUAAAAUAGAGACAUGCCCAUUGCUUUUACUGACCAAUCUUCAAUAUCAUAAACAAUUUAGGUAUUAAAAGUAAGGGGGGAAACUGGUGAGUUGGUCAGGGUGUGGCCAGUGGGACAGAUUUUUGUGAACUCUUUCUUGCUAUGAGUUUGAAGGCAAUACAUGGAGUGCAUUUCAGUAAAAGAAAACCCAGACCUUUUCACUGGAUCAUUUACAUUUUGAUUCUGUUGCCAUUUGAAAUAGAACGUCUGCAGGGAGAUAAUGAGCUUAAAUUACAAUUGACUUUGGAAAGAAUAACAGAGUUUUGUGCUUCCUCAAUCGUGUAAUCAAUAGGGAAUUCUCUAGUUAUAUGAACUACCACUAUCUUUUAAGACAAUUCUAAGAUCUGAAAGCAAAGACUAGGUAUUUGGGGCUUUUUAAGGAUCCAAGGCUGUCUCUGCAUAACUUGUCGAAAGAUAGAUUACACCAAUUUACAGACAUGUUUUUCAACCACAAAUCAAACUGAUGUUAUCUCAUUUCAUUUUUUACAGCAGUGCCUACAGAACUCCAAAACGUUGGACUAUUUUGUCUGCAUUAUUUUAAAUAUCUAUAGAUAAUUUUUGGCUGUGCGAAUAAUACCUACAUUUUGCUAGUUUGUGUUUGUCAUACAGACACAACCUGUUGGUAAGGCUAACAACAUCAUGAAGUAGAAGAUUCAGAGAGGUCAGCAUAUAACAAGAUCUCCCAAAACAUGGGAUAGUCCCACCCAUCUUGUCCCUCUAUAUGAAGACUGAACUCCAGGAGAGAAAGGGCUGUGACUGCCUUACUUACUACUAUAACCAAUUCCCAACAUAAUAGAGACAUUCAAUAAAUGUUUGUUGAAUGAAUGAAUGACUGAAUAUAUAGAUGGACAAAUAAAUGAAUUUUGCCUGCUGAUAAUUUCACACAUCUCAUCAGUUUACAUUAUAUUAAUUACCAGUUUAAUUUCUGAAUUUCAUAGUUAACUCAGAAUGGACUUUUGAUAAAUAAUUUUUAGGUAUAUGAAUUUGGAAUCAAAGUACAUCAGUGAUUUCAAGGACUUGAGGACAUUCAGAUAAGAAAUAGUGUUUGGGGAUUCAGAGAAGUUUUUGAAAUGAAUAAAACCCAACCUUUCUAGUUCUUUUAUGAGCUCCUUAAAUUGUUUGGCAGGAAUGAUCCAAACACAGAGCUCCAUUUAUAAAUUUUAUAAAAGAUUUUGCUUCAUUUUUUAAAAAGAGAUAAAUCACAAAGUGUAUUAUUAAUAGUUCUUUCAAAUUAAUAGCUUUCCUCUAAGGAAUUCAUGGUAACUGGAGACACCAUCCCUAAAUCUUCUGUUUUUCAGAAAUUGCUUAUCCUUUCAUAAUUGAUUCCUAAAAUGAACCUAGGCUAAAAAUUAAUAAAAUAGCUACUAAGA